UACAUAUAUAGCACAGUGCUAAGGAUGCUGUCUCCAGACCGCGGUUGAUAUCAUAGCUGCACGAAACAAACAGCAAUAUUAUUGAAGAAACAGGUACAAAAAAAUAGCAGAACCCCACAUCACCAAAGGCUAACUAAACCAAAAACUAGCGACCACUUUGCAUCAAUGGCAGACAAGGGGCAAUUCAAACAGACUGCAGCCGUAGUGCUGGGUUUGUUGGAGAGUGUGUCUUCAUUCGCUGCCACCUUCAACCCUCUGUUUGGCAUCGUCACCGAAGUGAUUGGUGCAGCGAAGAAAGGCCUGGUGGGUGAUGACAAGCAGGAGGACUUCCAGCAAAUUCAUGAGAAGUUGGAGAGCAUCUCUGAGAAGAACAAGCAGCUGCUGGACCAGAUCCACAUUGCUGAGAUUAAGAGUCAUUAUGGUGGUUUCGAAAAGAACAUCAAGGACCAAUAUAAAGGCUUCCAGGACAUGGUGGAAAAAAUCAGGGCAGACCCUGAAAAAAGUGAGCAUUAUAGAGAGGAUUUCAAGAAUAUCUAUAGAGAAAAAAAUGGCCACCAGAAUUUGAACAGGUACUAUGACUCUAUUAUGGAAAACGAGGAUACUUUUGGGAUUCCGAUACUGAAAGUUUAUCUAAAGCACUGCAAUAAGAAUAAGAAGAUUAUGCAGGCAGAAUGCUCUUAUCUGGCCUACCUCUUCCACAUCGGCCUCAUAGCACUGAUGGCCUACUAUGUGGUCACUGAGGAUAAUAAGGAUGAGUUCAGGGAUGAAUGGGGCCCAAAGGUUUCAGACAUUCAGACCAAGAUGCAAGACGUCCUGGAAGAGUGUAACUAGAAGAAGUGAUUCCAAAUUCACAGAAAUUUUGUUUAACCACAGCUGUCUUAGUUUCUUAUGCAUGUGAGAACAAAAUUUUACUGACUAUUAGCUUGGAAAAAGGAGCAUUGUGUAAUCACAUACUGUAGACAUUGAAAUAUUAAAAAAAAAAUUCGAUAUCAGUUUAAAUCGGAUUAAAUCAUAUUAUUAGUAUAGUCAUUGUAAAAGUCUUAAACGAUUGUAAAAGAUUAGAUUUCUAUCUAAUCUUAAAAGACCCAAAAAUUGUGGCUUGCACAUUUGUCCUCAUGUUAUGUGUGUAUGUUAUAUGUCAAGAUCCUACACAAAUAUCUCAUAAUUCUCAGUCUAAUCCCCUAUUUACCUGCUCGGUGAGGUUUCCUGGAAGUCUUCCUCUACUCACAGUCAGAGGUGGCAAAAGUACACACAUCCUUUACUCAAGUAGAAGUACAGAUACUCAUUUUUAAAAAGACUCCAGUAAAAGUAGAAGUAGUGACCACACUCUUUUACUCAAGUUAAAGUAAAGAAG